AUGGCCGCGGCGCUACACCAAAUGCUGUCGUGUCCGGCUGACUUCUCCGGCCUCAACCCGCCGGAGUUGUCCCCGGCCGAGGCGGUGUACGAGUUCGCCCACGGCGAGGUCGGCGAUGACGCGGAUCUGCAUGAGCAGCUCCAUUCCCUGGAGCGGGAGCUCGCCCAGCUGGAGCUGCGGGAGGAGCAAGUGCGCAUCGAGAUGGGCGAGCUCCGGCGCGAGGUGCAGUUCGAUGAGGAGAUGCUGACGCUCGUCCAGGGAGCCACUCCCCUCGUCGUCGGCCACCUGGACGAGGUCGUCGGCGACGACCACGCCGUCGUGACCAUCGCUGAGAGCUCUCGCAGCCUCUACAUGCGCGUCCUCAGCACCGUCGAUCGCGGGCUCCUGAAGCUCUCGGCAAACGUGCUGCUGUCCGCGCGGUCGUGCGCAAUCGUCGGCGUGCUGCCAGCGGACGCCGGCUCGGCCGUCGCGUCUUCCCUCGUCGCCGACGCCGAGAGGCCGAGCGUCACGUACGACGACAUCGCCGGGUGCGAGGAGCAGAAGCAGGAGGUCCGCGAGGCCAUCGAGCUGCCACUGACCCACCCCGAGCUAUUCGCGCGCCUCGGCGUUGACCCCCCGCGCGGCGUGCUCCUGUGCGGCCCACCCGGCACCGGCAAGACCAUGCUCUCCAAGGCCGUCGCGCACCACACCUCGGCGGCGUUCAUCCGCGUCAACGGCGCCGAGCUCGUGAACAAGUUCCUCGGCAAGGGAGCCACGAUGGUGCGCGACGUGUUCCGGCUCGCCCGGGAGAAGGCGCCGUCUAUCAUCUUCAUCGACGAGGUGGACGCCGUCGCGACGGCGAGGUUCGAUGCCAGCUCGGGCGCUGACCGCGAGGUGCAGCGCGUGCUGGUGGAGCUUCUGACCCAGAUGGACGGGUUCGACGGCAGCGCGGACAACGUGCGCAUGAUCAUGGCGACGAACCGCGCGGACGCGCUGGACCCGGCGCUGCUGCGGCCGGGGCGGCUGGACCGCAGGGUCGAGUUCCCGCUGCCAGACACGCGGCAGAAGCGGCUCGUGUUCCAGGCGUGCGCGGCACGGAUGAACCUGGACGGCGACGUGGACAUGGAGGAGCUGGCGGCGCGCCACGACAGGAUGAGCGCCGCGGAGAUCGCCGCCGUGUGCUUCGAGGCCGGCAUGCGGGCGGUGCGUGGCCACCGGUGCGUGGUGACGCGCGAGGACUUAGACCAAGGGUAUCGCUCCGUCGCCAAGAGGCCCGAGUGCGGCGCCUAUCACGAGCUUAGCUUCUACAGCUGA